CGCAGAUUUAAGCGGGAGCACUACAUCUGGCCGUCGUUCGUCCUCUGGGGCCUCGACAGACUCCUUCGUCUGUGCCGCGUCAUCCUCUUCAACCACUCGUACUUCGGACUCAAAUCGGGCUUGGGCACGUUCGACGCGACAGCCGAGGUGGCCGCGCCGGGGUUCGUGCGCCUGCGCGUCCGGCGCCCGUCGUACCUCCAUUGGUCCGCCGGGCAGUGCGCGCUGCUGACGAUGCCGGGCGUGUCGCUGCUGCUGUUCGAGUCUCACCCGUUCACGAUCGCGAACGCGGACGUGCCCCGCAUGGACACGGCGGGCGCGGUAGCAGAAGGCCCGCCGGAGAAGGGGUCCGCGAAGAGCGAGGACGCGAGGGGCAAGGAGCUCGUGUUCGUGGUCAGGGCGCGGCAGGGCCUCACGAAGCGCCUGAUGGACGUUGCGCAAAAGGGAGGCCCCGUCAAGGUCUUCGUGGAUGGCCCGUACGGUGUCCCGCCGAGCCUCAAAGGCUUCGACACCGUCGUCUUCAUCGCUGGCGGGUCCGGCGUCACCUUCACCAGCCCACUGCUUCUCGACCUCGUCCGUCGCGCGCGCCAAGAUCCGUCUGCGUGCCGCCGUGUCAUCUUCCUGUGGUCCAUCCGUCACGCAGACCACAUCAACCUCGCGUACGCCGACCUCGCCCACGCGCUCGCCCACGCCCCCGCCUCGCUAAGCAUCGAUGCGCGCAUCCACAUCACCUCGCCCGAGGACGGUGCCAGCGAGGCAUCCUCCAUCGCCUCCCCCGAGGCCGCGGUGGCAGCCGAUGAGGAGAACGAGGAGCGCGGCAGCGUGGAGGACGAAAAGUCGCUCGCCAAGAUCGCGCGCCUGCCGCGGACGACGGUGGCGCGCGGCCGGCCAGACGUCGAGGGCGCGAUCGAGGAGGCGUGCGCGCUCGCGCGGGGGAGCGUGUCCGUGAACGUGUGCGGGCCCGCGAGCUUGAGCAGGCGUGUCCGCGGCGCGCUGUGUGCGCCCGUCAAGGGCCCCGUGAGCGUGCUCCGGGGCGGCCCCAGCGUCGAGCUGCACGUCGAGCAGUUCGGGAUCGCGUGAGCGUCCCCUGUGUAUCGUGUGGGAACAGGUGUCUUUUCCAUCUUGGUCGGUUGUAAAGAGGGGAUGUCCAGCUACUGUGACCUCGUGUACUGUACUACCGAGAACGUUAUAUGUUUGGUGCCA